GUAUUUGUUUACACUACGGAAACGGGGGUGUUAGCGAACCUGCUGUAGUGCACGCAGUCAGUGUUUGUUUUAACAUAAUAACCACUAUUAAUAAUACUAUGUUAUGGAUUUGUGUUUCAAUUGUUGUUGUACAGUCGUUUUUUAUAAAUUCCAAUAGUAUUCGUAAACAAGAACGUCAGUAUGGCGUGUGUUUUCAUCAAGUCACGAGCUGUAGCAGCGAGCUAACGCGAAAUAAGGAAAUAACGUUAGCUGUCGGUUGACAUUGUGGAAAAUACUAGAACAACAUGUUUUCAUGGAUUUAUAAACAAAAAUAAAAUAUCACAAAAGUAAUAAUAUCAAUUAUUUUUAUGAUCCUGUAAAUAUGUAAACGCGUAUUUUGUUUUUACUGAGAAAUGAAGUCCGCAAUGGUCGAACUUAUUACUAUGUAAUAAACGAAUUCUUACAUUGUUAAACGCUUAAUUGUGUUUUUCUCGUUUUUUAUUAAAUUCAGAAUAAGCAGUUUGAAACUUGUAAGCUGAUUGGGAAACAGACCAACAACCGGUGGCGUGUGUACACACAUUUAUAUAUAAGCUAUGUAUCGUAUAUUAAUAUAGAGAAAAGCGAGAACAUUUGUCGAAAGGAAGGAACUUAAAAAGAACGAAGACUUAAUAAAUGAUUUUAAACACGAAAUUUAAGUGAAAAUUAGCGAUCUGCUGCUGUAAAGGCAGGAAUGGAGGACUUGUGCUGAAUCACGGUGACUCCGUGAAAUGCUGUCGGUCGGUUAUUUCAGGCGCUCUGCCCACACAUGACUGGAAACUCAUGGUCAGCACCGUUCGUUAACUUCUCUAUCUGGACUUUGACCAGACAACAUGUACUGUUAUGAAAAACGCCACCGGCGGGAAUACUGGACGUGCAGAUUUAGCAAAUUCGUAUAAAAUCGGUUUUAAGAAUACAGUAUAUACAGGGAUACAUACAACCAGACAAUGACGUCAGACGGCAGAGCUAGUAAAGCUCUUAAGGUGAAGAGGGAAUGUGGCGAGAACGUUCCAGUGCUGAGCGACAGCGAGCUCAUGUCAUUAACAGUGCGCGAGCUGAACAUGCACUUACGUGGUUUGUCAAGGGAGGAGGUUCAGAAGCUGAAACAGAGGCGGCGCACGUUGAAAAACCGAGGCUACGCAGCGAGCUGCCGGGUGAAACGCGUGUCCCAGCGCGAGGCUUUAGAGCAACAGAAGAAGGAGUUGCAGCGAGAGGUGGAGCGGCUGGGUGCAGAGAACGCAGGCAUGCGGCGGGAAUUGGAAGGGUUGGGUGCCCGUCUCGCCGCUUUGCAACGCUUCGCUCGGGGUUUGGAAUCCGGAGGAGGCACUCUCCUGGCCACCACGCCCCGCCUUAACACGGCCUCCGUCAUCACCAUAGUGAAGACACCACAGCAGGUGCACUCUUCCAGAGAGCAGGGAGCAUCCUAGGGCACAGUGGAACCAUACUAGCAUGGAUACACAGACACACAUAGGUACACAGACAGACAGGACCACGUUUGCUCAGUUGCACGGGACUAUUUGCAGUGAUUUCAAACUUAUUUAUACUUACGCAGGAGCAAAAACACACCAGUUGAGGAAAAAGUUGUGUCUGGGACUGUUAGAUUCACUUAGAUAAAUUUAUAUAUACACAAAUACAGUCUAAUAAAUGUCCAAGAGUAAUCUCAGUACUGUUUUGCUGUCCUCAAUAUGACAAAUGUGUACAUCUGCAUAAAGCUAUUGCUAAUGAUAUACCAUUAGGCUACUUUUUAUGCCCGUGUUGUUAUUACUGUGCUUUUUGGGUGGAUUGUGGAUGUUGAAUAGUCACACUUGUCUACACUAGACUGUGUGAGCUUGACUCAUCAUGUGAGACCCCCAACAUUUCAGAAGCUGGUUAGUUUUGCUGGAAUAUCCCCAUGGUAUUUAUUGAUGAUGGGACUAGAGAAUGUCAUGUCAAUGCAGAUCUAUGGAUACAUGCAGUUUAUUUUAAUUUGUGUAUAGAAGACAAAUGUUCAACAACAUUAAAGCUAUUUUAUUUGUGUUAAAGACAUAAAUGUUGAAGGUAAUUUGUGCUGUGAUUGGUCUAAAUACUACUUAUAUUUGACUAGUUUGGGGUCAAUCGUAAUUAUUGUAAUGGGUUUGAGUAUUUUUUCGUAACGUUUACCUGUUGUAAUGAGUAGUUUAGUAAUGGUAAGGCCCCAUUACUUUUCAUAUGAUUCAGUACACGUGAGGGUCAUAUUUGUACUAAUAUUAGAGCAGCUUGUUUGUAGUGGUAUUUUUGUAUUUAAAAACCAAGACCAUAUUAUUUGCUAUUUAUGACAACAAACAUAUCUGAAUAUUUUGAAAAGUUGGAAUAUUCAAAAAAUGCCAUUGGAUGGAAAGUGAGGAAGGGAAAUUUAAGAAAGAUGCGAAAAUAGAGGACAAAGAGGAAGCAGGAAGGCAAAAUGGGAAGUGAGCAAUUACAGUACAGCUCACAUGGGAGAAAGAUGAAGGAUUAGAAAGUGACAGAGGGAAUACGAGAAAGAUGGAAACGAGGUUAUCACAUGUGUGUCACAUCAACUCGUGGUCGUCAGGAUGAUUCUUGACAACUACAAGCCUGCUUUAGGGGUAAUACUGUAUUGAUCGUAAACAUGAUAUCUCUGGUGAUUUUCUAAUUAUAUAUAUUUAGCUAUGUCAUUAUCAAUAUUGAAAAUCAUUUAACCCGGAUAAUAUCAUGACCGUGACACUUUUGCCUCCAAACGUGUCAAAUGUUUUGUAAAAGGGUAAAGCACAAAAAAUGUUGUUUGUAUUUAUUAUCUGUAUUUUUCUAUGGUAAAUUCAUUGUCUAUUUUAUAUCAUUUAAUUGAAAUAAAUGUUGUAUAUAUUGUACAUAAAA